CAACAUACACAUGGCUAAAAGGGCCAUAGUUGGAGGUUUUUUUAUUAUUAAUAAUAUGUUUAUUGUCCAGGGAAGGAUUGCAAAUGAGCCAAAUUGAAUGAUUUCCUAUGACCCAUGCCCUUCAACCCUGUCCAACGCCAGCCAGUUCCAGUGUCGAGGCUUCACCAGUACGCCAGUGGAGACCCAGACACGCCGCCGGUUAAUGCGCACAAGUGAAGUUUUUUUCUUCUCUUCCGUUGCCCAUUACCAUGUAAGCCAAGAGAAAUUUUUUUUUUUUUUUGUUGUUGAAUCUGCUUGAGGGGAAAAAACAAAAGAAAAGAAAAAGAAUGGUUCGUAGAUUAUCAACUAGAUUAUUGAAUGUUUGCGUAGCUUCAUUAUGUAAAGCCCAUAAAUUGGAGACAGCUGAAACUGUUAUUAUUGAUGGUGUAAGAUUGGGAGUGCUCCCUGAUGUUGUAACUUACAAUACUCUUAUUGAUGCAUACUGUCGUUUCGUUGGAAUUGAUUCUGGUUACUCUAUUCUUCAUAGAAUGGGAGAGGCUGGGAUUACCCCAGAUAUUAUUUCUUACAACUCUUUGAUAGCUGGUGCCACUAGGAAUGGCCAAAUAGCUAGGUCUCUUGAUCUGUUUGAUGAAAUGAUUCAAAGGGGCAUAGCCCCUGAUGUUUGGAGUUACAAUACUUUGAUGCACGGCUUCUUUAAGUUAGGAAAACCAGAUAUGGCCAACAGGGUUUUUCGGGAUAUUAUACUUUGUGAACAUUCGCCUUCUGCGGCUACUUUUAACAUUAUGAUGAAUGGUCUUUGCAAGAAUGGGUAUACCAAGAAUGCUUUUAUGUUGUUUAGGAAUUUACAACGUCAUGGAUUUGUGCCAAAGUUGGUGACUUACAAUAUUCUUGUUAAUGGAUUAUGCAAGAUUGGUAGAUUAGAGUCGGCGAGGAGGAUUCUUAAAGAAAUAUGGGAAUCGGGUCAUGUUCCGAAUGCCAUAACUUACACUACUAUAUUGAAAUGCUUUUUUAGGAAGAAGAAGUUUGAAGAAGGGCUUGAGUUGUUGUCGGAGAUGAAGUGUAAAGGGUAUACCUUUGAUGGUUUUGCUUAUUGUACGGUUAUUGGUGCUCUAAUUAAGAUAGGUAAGGUAAAAGAGGCGACUGAAUUCAUGGUGGACUUGAGGAGGACUGGUACUGAGCUUGAUAUAGUGUCUUAUAACACCCUAAUUAAUAUGUAUUGUAAAGAUGGUAAGUUGGAAGAAGCCUAUAAAUUGUUGGAUGAGAUAGAAAAAAAAGGGUUGGAAUGUGACAAGUAUACGCACACAAUAAUGAUUCAUGGAUUGUGCAAGGCAGGUAAUGUUGAGGGGGCUGCACAACAUUUGAGGUACAUGAAUAUGAUGGGCUUUGAUUCAAACUUGGUUGCAUUUAAUUGUUUGGUUGAUGGUUUGUGUAAAGUCGGUCAGAUUGAUGAUGCAAUGAAAGUCUAUAAAUCAAUGGAGGUAAGAGAUUCGUUUACCUACUCCUCUUUGGUACACAAUCUUUGCAGGGAUGGAAGGUACCGUUCUGCAGCCAAGCUACUGCUAUCUUGUUUGCGAAGUGGCAUGAAAAUACUGAAGUCUGCCCAACGGGCUGUCCUGCUUGGUCUUCGCUAUUCUGGAUUUCCUAGAGAAGCGAAAAAGCUUAAGUCUAAGAUCCGCAUUGCUCGAAUAUUAAAUUACUGAUAAUUCAGCCAUUAUUUUCGAUUUUAGUGUUAGAAGUUGGAAUUGGUUUUAGUUCAGCUGAUUUAAUAUUGAGGAUCAUUCUUUUUGGAUAUAGGUCCUGUUCCGAAUAAUAUGAUGUCUCUUUUUGUUGUAAGGUCAAUGGCUUUUUGGGGGUGAUAAAACUGUAGGCCAAGACAGAGAUUAGCAACUCUGAAUCAAGCUGCAACUGCUGUGUAAUGGGUGCACUGCAUACGUGUAUCCAGCAUAAAAAACUAGAUUUUGUGAUAUGUGCUGCUUGGAAACUCUACUUCUGUUCAAAAAACGUGUAGCAUGCAUAUUCACAGGGGAUACAUCAAUGAAGCUUGUCAUGAGAUUGGCUGCCUGUCAAAAAUAAUAUGUUUUGCUUAAUUUUGAUGAAAAACAAC